AUUCAUUUAAUUAAUCAAUAAUACAUAAACUCGUAAUAAUAAUGAUUACAAUGUAAUAUAUUCAGUCUUUGGUUUCAUUACUGUAGUGCAUACGUCAUAAUUGUGAAAAAAAAGAAAGAUGAGUGCUUCACGGAUUUCACUUAUCACGGGUUCUAUUUGGAACGUAACUCCUGCGACAAAUGGGGGAUUACUGUACACGCCGUUUUUUUUUUCAAUAAAGUUUAUUAUUAUUUCGGAAAAAAAUGCAAAAAUAAUGCGACUCUUGAUAUUGUAAAUGCUCGGCGAUCUGAAAGAGCGAAACGGUACUUUCUUUAACGGUGGCAGGUACUUUCAACGUCGUUCUCCGCAGGUGUAUGUUGCGGCGGGCUCAGUGUACGGCGUGGAGGACGAACUUGGUGCGCUGGAGGAACGCGCCAGGGGCAUCUCCAGCAGCACGUCUGACACAGAGCUGUUCCUCCUGGAGGAACAGGUCGCGUCGGCCGCCGCCCGGGUUCAGCAGUCCGAGCUGCAGAUCAGUGAUAUCUCUGCGAGGAUCGCAUCUCUGAGGAGCGCCGGACUGGAUGUGGACCCGCAGUCCCGCUUCGCCAAGGCCAGGACCGUCCCGGUCAUGCCUCUCACGCUGAGCUCGUCCAGACAGCUGAGAAGACGACUGCCUGCGCUCCCACGUCCAGGUGAGCACAGCACAAACUAUACUCUACUUCAUUCAUAUCAUGCAACCUCGCUUCGCCCCGAUACUGACAUGCUGAAGACUAGAAACAUUUAUAAACUACAGAAAAAAACCGACCAUGGACUACUCCACCAUCAGCAACAUUGCU